ACGGACGAUGAUCAUAUUUUAGACAGAAAAUGUGAAGAGAAAGUCUUUAAUUUAUUUUUAUAUUUCAAAUCAUGAACAUGGAGCGGCUACAAUAAGUAAUCAAAAUAGUUCUUGCCAAAAAUUGUUAUGGGAGUAAAAGGAUUGCAAUAUUUUAUUGAACAUGAGUGUCCCGAUGCUUGCAAGAAAGUAAACAUUGAGGAACUUGCACACAUACAUCGAAGAGAAAAUAACUGUGAUCCCGUACUUGUUAUUGACGGUAGUGCUUUAAUUUAUCCACUCUACUCUACUACUUUAGAAUGGAUUUAUGGUGGUCAGUGGACUCAAUUUGUGCAUAAACUUAAAUGCUUUAUUGAACGUUUCAGGGCGAUUGGCGUUAAAAUCGUUUUCUUUUUUGAUGGCACUGUCUGCGGAACAAAACGAAAAGAGUGGGUCAAAAGACGUAUCAGUAAAUACAGACAAAUUUCAUCCAUAUUCAAUGCUAUUAAAAGGCAUAAUUUUGUACCAGACAAAAAACAAUUUCAGUUGCCUACAUCUAUGGGUACUAUAACACGUUUUGCGUUAAAAGAAAUGGGUGCAGAAGUAUAUCAAACGGACAGGGAAGCUGAUGAAGUAAUUGCAAACUAUGCUGCUUCCAACAGGAAUGUUUUUGGCAUUUUAAGUCAAGACUCGGAUUUUAUAAUUUUUAAUACUAAACCUUAUUUAUCAGUUACUCAUUUAAAUAUUGACACAUUAGAAACUGUGUUAUAUGAUAGAAACCAUUUAGCUUUCCACUAUCUCAAAAUAAAUGUUUAUCAACUGCCCUUAUUUGCAUGCUUGAUUGGGAAUGAUAUUGUUCCAGCAGAGCGGUUGUACCAUUUUCAUCAAAAGUUAUCUCGUAGGCAAGGGAUCAGGACUACAAUCAGAGAUGUUUCCAACCCUCUUGUAUCAUUGAUUCAAAGGGAAAGAUGGAGCGGAGAUUACGGAAACAAGGCCGAAUUGGAUAACAUAUCUUGGAGGGUGUUCGGAGAUUCUCAAUGGUCAUGGCUUAUUCAUAAUGGUUUGAAGUCAUAUGCAAUAGGACAACUUAGCUCUUCUCCAAAGCUUUCUAUGAAUAUGCAUCCUGAAUUUGAAAGUGCUGUGUAUCAGAAGCAUAUGAAUUGCAUCAACGGGCCUUUCAUAUUUAACUUGCUGUGCAAUAGAGAAUAUGAAUCAAGUGAGGUUCUUGAAGAUUCGUCAUGGCUUCCUACUGCACUGAAGUAUAGAAGCAUUCGUCAAAGAUGUUAUGGGUUGCUUUUCAAUUGUUUCGUAUCAUCCGAUAAUCACAACAGCUUUUUAAGUCACCCGAGAGAUGUUUUAAUCAACGAGUGGUGUGCCUAUGAAGGAAAUUUUAUGGAAAGACCAGAAUCUAUUGAGCCAUUACCUUUACAAAAUAUUAACAGAGUUCCAAGCAUUGACCAACUUUGGUUCAGCUGUACAGAAAAAGAAAAACUAUGGAUAUUUUGGUCAGUAUUUCAAGCACCCCUGCAAUUUGAAUUGCUAUUAAGUCUUCCAAAACACCUAGUAGUUCCAACGUGCAUUCUGAAUUAUCUGAUUGGAACAUCUGAAGAAAGUUCAGAGCUACAAGCAUGGGAAGUUGCAGUAUUUAUUGGACAAGCACUACUAAAUAAGAAUGCAGAACAUUUAAGUCAUUUAAAGGCACCUGAAAUAGAUGCCACUGCAGUACACCUGGCAUCAUUGUUUAUGAGAGGAGUUACAACUGCCAUGAUGGUCUUAGGAACAUGUGGUUAUCCAUUUGAAGUGUACAAUACUAUGCCUUGGAAUUUCUUUGAUGGAAAACUUUUCCAUCAUUUGUACAUUAAAACAAGACGAAAUCCAAAUAUUUCUCAGUUAUUUGAAUCACAGGAGUCAUGCAAAGAGCAGUUCUAUCAUCUGCUUCCUGUUAUAACAAAUAAUACAUUAUAUGAUGUAAGAAGAUUUAACUGGAGACUGGUAUUUAAUGACUUCUAAGUUAUUGAAGGAAAAUCAAGCAAAACUCCAUUCUAAAGGCUAAUAUUGUAAGGCAGAAAGUUCAUCUUCAUUUUAUACAUGUAUGUUUGUA